AUGCUUGAAGCCCAGGGCCAUGAGGAGCUUCCUGACCGGGAUGGGGACGGCGGGCGGGGCUGGCCUGUGACGCGCUCUGGGUUCUGUGACAGCACAGGUGUGUCACAAGGCCGUGUCACAAUGGGGGCAGCUACGAAAGGCCACAGCGGGUGCCACUGCCCCAGUAGAGCCUGGGCAAGCGGUGAGUGCACAGCAGUGAGGAGACGGGGCUGGAGGAGGGCAGGGGCUGGAGGAGGGCAGGGGCAGAAGCUCCGGUACCGGGCCCUGUGUUCUGCCCCCACACCCAGGGCCCGGCCCCCGGGAGGGAGAGCCUUGCUGAGGGCGCGGCGCUUGCUGGGGCAGCGGUGCAGGCCUCAAAGCCUGCCAGCUGCCGGGGUCCCCCUCCUCCCUGCCGCCACAUCCCUGCGGCUCCUGCCCCCCACUGACUCUCUCCGUUCCGGCCCCACUGAACUCUGUAUUCUGUGUGUCCUCCUGCAGACCAUGGCUUUACUGUCAUUGCUCUUCGUGCUCGUGCAAAGCCUGAUCCAGUACCCCCAGCCGGCUGGGGAUGGGCUGGAUGAGGCCACGCACCGGCGAAUGCAGGAGCGUCAGGAGCUGCUGGACCGUGAGAUGGCUCGGCUGCUGCAGGAGCUGGAGCAGCAGGACGAGGGCUGGGGAGCCGUGCUCUUUGGUGCCCUGCAGCAGUGGCCAUUCUGGGUCCUUGCUGGAGUCCUGCUCCUCUUGGGCCUGUGGUUUGGCUGCAGGAGAAGGAGCAGUGAGGCCAGCAGCAGCAGCAAGGACCUGACCUCCUGCAAGACUCGGGGAGAUGAGGGAGGAAAAGGACAGGAAGGAGACAGUGCUGGUUCAGAGGAAGAUGAAGAAAGCACUGGUGGGACUGUGGAGGAAGACGACUGUGGCAGUGGAAAGGACAGAGAAGGAAUUCCUCUGGCUGCAAAUGACAAAGACGAUGAUGAUGCCAUUGAAGGCAAUGAUGCUGUGAAGGUGAAGGAAGACAGCAACGUUUACAAAGAUGAUGACCGUGACUUAAAGAAACACGAAGGAUGGAGUGAUGGGAACGUGCCAGGAGAUAAUACUUGUGAAAGAACUGAAGAAGAACCUGGCAAUGUUGCUGGAAAUACAGAAGGCCUAGAUGAUGAACAGGUGAAUGAAGACAACGAUUCUGAAAAGGAAGAAGAAGAAGGAGAAAACACGGAUGUACAGGUGGAUGAAGAAAAGGAUGCUGGAAAGGAAGAAGAAGAAGAAGGAAGCAAGGAUGUACAGGUGGGUCAAGACAAGGACGCUGCAAAGGAAGAAGAAGAAGAAGGCAACAAGGAUGUACAGGUGGAGCCAGACAAGGACACUGGAAAGGAAGAAGAAGAAGAAGGCAACAAGGAUGUACAGGUGGAGCCAGACAAGGACACUGGAAAGGAAGAAGAAGAAGAAGGAAACAAGGAUGUACAGGUGGAUGAAGAAAAGGACACUGGAAAGGAAGAAGAAGAAGAAGGAAACAAGGAUGUACAGGUGGAUGAAGAAAAGGACGCCGAAAAGGAAGAAGAAGAUGGAGAAAACAUGGAUGAACAGGUGGAUGAAGAAAGGGACGCUGAAAAGGAAGAAGGAGGAAAAAAGGAUGUACAGGUGGAGCAAGACAAGGACGCUGGAAUGGAAGAAGGAGGAGAUGGAAAUGAAGAAAAUACCAAUGGUGUGAAUAUGAAGGUGAGCAGCAACGAUGAUGUAAAUGAUGGGGAAGACAACGUGGAUGGACAGAAAGAAAACAUGGAUGUGAAGGUGCAGGAAAGCGGUGAUGCCAGUGAACAGAGGAGCAGGGAUUGCACUGGGCAGGAAGACAGCAAUCAACGUGGGAAUGAAGCAGCCCAUAGUGCUUUUGCUGGCACUGAAGAAGAAAAGAAGGAAGUUCUAGAAGGAGAUGGCAAUGAUAGAAAGCAGGAUGAAGAACAGGGUGAUGUGAAUGUGGAGGCAGACAAGGAGGAGGAUAGGAAAGAAGGUGAACAAGGUAACGUGGCUGCUAGGGAAAAAGAGGACAGUGACGGUGGCAAGGAAGAAAGCGGCAGCGGUGGAAGUGAAGACAGAGAGGACACCCAAGAUGUUUGGAAUGAGCUAGGCCUCCUUUUAGUAGAUCAGAUAGAGUGGCCUGUGGAGAAUCUGGAGAGAGGUUGCUCAGUGACAGCUGAGCUGAUGAAGAGCUUCAGCCGUGUCUUUGUGGACAGCGCCAGCAAUAGCUUCUACCCAGUGCCUCAGGAAGCCAUCGGGGUGGGCAGUGCCUUUGAGGGCUGGAGUCCCCGUGACUGGGAUGGCGUGUACCGGGUGCUGGUCCCACUGGAUCCCCCACCAGGGCACGCCUUCCAGCUGGAGCUGAACAGUGCAGGGCCGAUGGCGGCAAGGACCUUCAGCGUCCGUGUGGAGCUGGUGUGCACGUGCAAGAGGGAGCAGCUGGACAAGAAGCUCUUGUGCUUCCUGCACCACUCGCAGGAGGAGCUGCGGCGGAAGCAGAAGCGCAGCCUCCUAGAGACACUCUGCACCGGCUCCUACCUGGACGUGGAAAAAACCUCCCACUGGUUCCGCCAGCUGGUGAGAUGCUCGUGGCUGCACGUGCCUCAGUCAUACUCGUGGCACUUGGUGUUUCAGCCCAGCAGCCGGUCCUGCCAAUUCCAGCUGAGCAAAGGCAAGGAGAGGCUGACGGUGGAGAUGCUCUUUGGGGUGCGCCAAGGGGACUCGGACAUCUUUGUGGUCAGCCAGCCCACGGAGGCCCAGAAAGGUGGCUCCCUCAGCUUUGUGAGCAGCCAGCCCGCCCAGGCCAACUUCAUUGCAAGCACAGCGUGGCCCGAGACGUACGCUGCGGCAGAGGCAAAAUUCUUCCAGCACAUCGCCAGGCAGCUGCCGUGUGAGAGCUUGCACCUGAAAUGCCUGCAGCUCUUCACCUGCAUCCUGAGGGACACAGGUCUUUCCAGCUCUACCUGGAAGACUGUGGUCAUGCACAUGCUGACCAUAGUACCUCUGUCCCGCUGGUGCAGGAGGGAAUUUGCACGGCGGCUGUGGGACACCAUGGCCUACCUGCACUGCUGCCUGCAGCUGAAACGCCUGGACCACUUUGUGCUGGGCAAUGAGAGGCUUCCUGCAGAGAUCAGCUUGCCGCCGGCAAUGCGAAGGGUUGAGCCGCUCAACCUCUUCGAGCGCCUGGCCCGAGAUCCGGCCGCCCACGGACAGGCGAUGCAAGCUUAUGGUCAGCUGCACUUUCACCUCUGGAUGCUGCUCUGCAACCAGUGA